AUGAAUUUUCUGUUUUUCUAUUUAAUUUCAUUGAUAUGUUGUUAUCCUUGUAAAAGAGAUGAUAAUUAUGGAAAUUAUUCCACUUCAAUCACACCUAUACAAACUGAAACGCCACAAUACGACGUUUAUGAAUUAGCUGAUGAUUUGUCUGAUCAGUUAGUUUGGCUAUUUUUUGCCAAUGGUACUUAUACAUGGUCAGAUAACUGUAGUUCCACGGUAAAUCCUGUAGUAUGGCAAGUCGCCAUUGCAGGUGAAGUCAUGGCUAAUACCAAAGAUUCCAAUAAUCUAGAUCGUGCUACUAGUGCUUUGAAAAAUUACAGAAAUUCCACUGGAGGAUACAGUGCAAGCAUGGCAAAAAAUGGUGAUAUCUACACAGACGAUAAUGCUCAAAUAUCGUGGGUUUUUACUUCUGCCUACUCUGACACUCGAACUGAAUCAUAUCUCGAAGAAGCCAAGUCAAUUAUUGACCUCAUAAGAGAUCAUGAAUCUCCUAAUCAAAAAGGUGGAAUUUAUUGGAGUAUUAACGGGGAAUAUAUUUCUCUGAUUUCAUGUCUCGAAACAGCUGUGGCAGCACUAAGGUAUAAUGCAUUGUCAAAAAACGAUGAUUAUGUUAAGUUAGCUAAGAGAGCUAUAAUUUACAUCUUGGAUAAUUUGGUAGAUGAGAAAGAUGGUUUUAUUUAUGAUGGAAAAUAUCCCGACGGCAGUAUCAACUACGGAAAACUAACAUAUACAAUAGGGGUUUUGAUUUCAGGGUGUGCAUACUUGGAUCAACUAGGAGAUACAGAAAAAAAUUGGAAAGCCAUUGCUGUAGAAUUUGGAGUAAAAUUCAUCAGUGGUGGCACUUUAAAUAAUCAGUUUUUUUCGGAUGGGCAUAUCAACGAUAUCAUUGAAAGAUCACAUUUGGUGUUUAUGGGGUUAGCUGACUUAUUGAGUUUUACAACCCCUUCGACUCUGUAUCAGAAACAAGCUUAUGAUGACUUUAAACAGUUGAUUGUCAGAGAAGCAAGAAACUUCAGGGAUAACAACGAAGAGAUAUUCGAAAGUAAUCGUUGUCCUAACAGUUCUGAAUAUGGAACUUUAAUCAAAUACGCUUCUCUAGCUCAGGUCUUCAAAUCGGUUUCGAGAGUUGUAUCUAGAAUAUAG